ACUAGCAACAAUCGAGUGAUUUUGUCAAAAACGCCCUGAACGUUCGUCCGGCAGCAACACUAUUUGGCGCAAGCGCUGGAUUUGAUCUCCGGAGUGCCGACUGAACAAAAGAUCCAAGACUCCAAAGGCUAUACAUUCGAAGCAUUUUCAGUUGCCGCCGAUCUGGAAGCUCUAAUUUCUAGCGCCGUCAUAGAUUCGAAGACUGGAGAAGCAAAGACCUCUUAUAAACCCUAAACAGCAGUGAUUUUUGCUUCUCCGCGGUGAGAAAUCACUUUCAGUGUUAGUAAUGGGAGUUCUGCCGGAAGAAAUUAGCCGUCGAUGAAGCGCCGAUCAACAUUUCUACGACCCGUCGUCACCUAUUUAGUUCCAAAACCUCCAUGGUUCCACUUAUUUCAUACGCCCACUGACUCAAUCGCUACUUCCAAUGAGGUCUCCACCAUAAUCGAAACAGUCGAUCCCAUUGAAGAUGCAUUGGAAAUCAUAGCCCCUCAUAUAUCAUCUGAUGUAAUUACCUCCGUCAUUCAAGAACAGCCGAAUGCUCGACUUGGAUUUCGAAUUUUUAUCUGGUCGUUGAGGAGAAGGCACCUGUGCUGCAGCGCCUCGCAGAAUUUGAUCAUUGACAGGUUAGUAAAGGACAAUGCCUUUGAAUUAUAUUGGAAAACUCUUCAAGAGCUUAAGGAUUCUUCUACUGAAAUUUCAUCGGACGCUUUCUCUGUAUUGAUUGAGGCAUACUCUAAAGCCGGCAUGGCAGAGAAGGCCGUCCAAUCGUUUGGCAUGAUGAAGGAUUUUGAAUGUAAGCCCAAUAUUUUUGCUUACAAUUUGAUUUUGCAUGUUUUGGUGCGAAGAGAAGCAUUUUUGUUAGCAUUAGCGGUGUAUAAUCAGAUGCUUAAAUGUAAUUUGAAUCCUAAUGUGGUUACUUACAGCAUUUUGAUUCAUGGAUUCUGUAAAACUAGUAAAACUCAAGAGGCCCUUGUACUCUUUGAUGAAAUGACUGAUAGAGACGUAUUGCCCAACGAGAUAACCUAUUCGAUUAUUCUUUCUGGGUUGUGUCAAGCUAAGAAAAUUGAUGAUGCACAGAGAUUGUUCAUUAAGAUGAGAGCUAGUGGUUGUAGUCCAGAUGUAAUCACUUACAAUGUUUUGCUUAAUGGAUUCUGUAAGUUAGGUUAUUUUGAUGAAGCUUUUGCAUUGUUGAAAUCAUUUGAGAAGGAUGGCCAUAUUCUUGGAGUCAAAGGGUACAGUUGUUUGAUUGAUGGCUUGUUUAGGGCUAGGAGAUAUGAUGAAGCACAUAUGUGGUACCAAAAAUUUUCGAGGAAAAACGUAGAGCCUGAUGUUAUCUUGUAUACUAUAAUGAUCCAAGGCUUAUGCCAAGAAGGUCGGGUUAACGAAGCAUUGGCGUUGUUGGAUGAGAUGACGGAAAGAGGGUUUAGUCCAGAUACUACUUGUUACAAUGCUGUAAUUAGAGGAUUUUGUGAUAUGGGUCUUUUGGAUAAGGCCCAGUCUCUUCGACUCGAGAUUUCAAACCACGACUGUUUCCCCGACAACCACACGUAUUCCAUUCUCAUUUGUGGUAUGUGUAAGAAUGGGUUAAUUGAUGAGGCACAACAUGUAUUCAAUGAAAUGGAGAAGCUUGGAUGCCUUCCUUCUGUUGUGACCUUCAAUUCUCUCAUUGAUGGAUUUUGCAAGGCUGGUAAGCUUAAGGAAGCUCACCUUUUGUUUUACAAAAUGGAGAUAGGGAGAAAACCUUCUUUGUUCCUUCGACUUUCGCAAGGUGCCAAUAAGGUUCUUGGUACUGUCGAUCUCCAAGUUAUGUUGGAACAAUUAUGCGAGUCGGGGUUGAUUCAUAAGGCCUACAAGCUUCUUAUGCAGCUUGUUGAGAGUGGAGUUUUUCCAGACAUUAGAACUUACAACAUCCUAAUCAAUGGAUUUUGCAAGACCAACAACAUCGAUGGUGCUUUCAAGCUCUUCAAGGACAUGCAACUUAAAGGGCGCUUACCAGAUUCAGUUACGUACGGGACUCUAAUAGACGGGCUCCACAGAGUCGGUAGGGACGAGGAUGCUCUAGGGAUUUUCGAGCAAAUGGUAAAGGAUGGGUGCAAGCCUGAGCCUUCUGUUUACAAGUCUAUCAUGACUUGGUCGUGUCGAAGAAAAAAGGUUUCACUCGCGUUUAGUGUUUGGAUGAAGUAUCUGAGGAAUUUUCGUGGCUGGAAAGAUGAAAAGGUCAAAGUAGUAGAGGAAAGUUUCGACAAAGGAGACCUUGAAAAGGCGAUCUCGAGAAUAAUCGAAAUGGACUUGAACUCAAAAGACUUCGACUUGGCUCCAUACACCAUUUUUCUCAUUGGAUUGUGUCAAGCAGGGAGGGCUUCGGAAGCCUUUGCGAUAUUUUCUGUUCUUAAGGACUUCAAAAGGAUUAUAAGUUCAGCAAGCUGUGUUAUGUUGAUUGGUGGGCUUUGCGUUGAAGGAAAACUUGACCUUGCUGUGGAAGUUUUCCUUUAUACACUUGAAACAGGCACUAUGUUGAUGCCUAGAAUUUGUAACCAACUGCUAAGGCAUCAUCUUCAUUUAGAGAACAGAAAGGAUCAUGCUUUUGUUCUUAUACGUAGAAUGGAGGCUUUUGGAUAUGAUAUGAAUGCUCAUCUCCACCACAGUACUAAGUCACUUCUUCAUGAUCAUUGGAAGUCAUUGAAAGCUAAAGCUAGACACGAGCAGCAGUUGACGAAUUCACAGCAACGACUCCUAAAUGCCACAUUUCCUAUGGUUGAAAGUAAUUAGAGGACUUGCUACAUGGUUUUUAGGAGUUAGUCCUUCCUAAUUUAACAAGUUUCACCCUUCUUCUUCUUUCCUGAAACUUAAAGGUCAUGCCCAUGGCGAAUAAGGAACCUGGUGUUGAACCAGGGAAAAGGGUCGAUGACUUCAAAAGAAUUAGACCGAAAUAUGCCACUGAAAGACUCUACUGAGACAAAAAUGGGCUGUUGAAGUACGUCUUCCUCGAUUGAGAGCUCCGGGAUGUCGAAAGUUGGCUUAAAGUUGGAGGGCAGGUACGAGUGCCAAUAAUGUUGAUAAAUUUUCAUACUUUUACUCUACAAUUUUGUACAACUAUCUGAUAUUUACUUGGAAUGAGGAAUAUGAUUUGAAAACAUGGCUGCAAGUCUAUGUUAUAAGCAUGUUCUUUUUGUUGUUUCA